AUGGAGGUAGUCGAAGAUAUCACGAAUAGCUCCGAAAACAUUAGCAUUACCCCAUUCGGACUGCAAGAAGAACAAGGACAAUUAAGACACAACUACCGCCGUUACGGAGAAGUUGACGCUGCCUUACUUACUCAGACGCCCGGGGUUGUCCGAAUUGACACAGUGCUUCAUAGGCGAAGAGGAAUCCUUAUCACACACGAUACCUAUGAUUAUUUCCGUUUGUCAUUUGAAGACGAUGAUCACGCUCGCUGUUUCUUGGGGGAGAUUCUAGCCAAUGUGUCCGCGUCGGAUCAUGUGGUGAGAUUAUCAGAGCUUCAACUCGAGGAAAUAAAUUCUCAAUGGGACGAAAAUCCAAGAGUCAUUAAUCCCCGAUUUACACCUGCGAAUCUGCCAUUGAUAAUGUCGACUAAACUUGUUUACUCCCUUUCAACAAAGUGGGAGAUUGUCAAAACACACUACUACAUUGCCUUGUCCGAAACUAUGCUGGAUCAGCUGUGCGAGGAGGCUAUAUGUAGCGCAUCACUCAACGGUUUCAUCAAAGUAACAUCUCUACCGAUAAUGAAGGAUAUACCCGACAUAAGACAGCCAAAGAUGUCUGUUGAGCAUGAGCUUACACAGGCCCUCAUUAGUGCUAGUCUAACAGAAAGAUAUAAACCCCCAAUUUGCUCUCUUGUCGAGCGAUUGAUCAAUAUGAUUAAGGUUGGGCGACGGGAACGAUCUGAGCCAUUUCUCAACAUCUCAAAAAACUGGGCUCCACGCUUUCUACCUCGAGAGUCAAUGAACAAAAUUUCUCAGGCAAUUAGAUUCGUGCAUAUUGAGAAUCAUGACCCCGAUACCUUGGACAAGACUGAUAGGCAAGAUGGGUCUGACAAUGCCGACAAAGCUUCCAAUGCUCUUAAACCAUCGAACUCUUCGAUUCGCGGGAUGCGAGCAUUUCUUGUCCGCCGGCCUGUUGGGAAAACUUCGAGGACCUGCUUAGAUAAAGCAUUAGCUAAGUGUAUUCGUGAGUCGACCACGGCUCGCACACUUUUUGACAGAGGGGAAAGAUCUCGGACUAAACUGGAUAGCUUCGCGGACAAAUUAUUUUACUGUGCAAAUAGGUGCUAUACUGGGGAUACCAGAAGUCAUAGUGAACAGUGCUCUUCCCGCGGAAUGGUGGAAUUUUUGUUUGAGUAG